AUGGGGAGUAAGAAAAGGAAAAUGUGGAAAAAAGGAAAUGUUUCUGAGGAAGGAGGAUCAGGUCACAUGAAGAAAAUUUACCCGGUGAUAUUCAAGGAUGACUCUUUAAGUGUUGGUGGGGAAGUGAAACGGAGAGGUGAAGUGUUGAUACAACACCUCAAGGCUCGCUGUAGGCUAGCUAAUACAAGUUAUCGGUUAGAGUCGUUUGGUAGAUUAUGCCAAAAAUUGGACGAUCAACGUAAGCGAUGGGUAGGUGAAAUGGGGUUUACUGGGUUGUUAAAAAUUGGAGUAGACAUGAACUUGCCAAGACAGUUGGCAUAUUGGUUGAUGACUCGUAUUGAUCCUUUCAAUUGUACUCUUACUAGUCGAGAUGGAAGAGUUUUUCCGUUGUCUCAAAAUCAAGUUCAUUGGGUCUUAAGUAUUCCUAACGGGGGGUUGCCUGUCCCGACAAACUGUUCAUUGGAUAAUGAAAUGUCAGAAAAGGUAAAAAGGAUUAUGGAGAAUUAUGGUAAAACAUGGAAUAAUAAGUCCAUUAAAACUGGUCGUGAGUACAUAUUUAAGGGCAUUUCAGUAAAUGCUGAAUUGAUUGGGCGGAUUGAGGGACAAUGGAAGGAAGAUCAGGCGGAUGAGUUCAAGACAGUGUUCCUGUUGUUGUCGCUUGAGAUGUUGUUUUGCCCUAAUCAGUCCUCGAGGUUGGCUGCUGAUCUGGUGCUAGCUUUAACUUGUGCUUCCAAAGCUGUUGAAUAUGAUUGGUGUAGCAUGGUGUUAAAGAAGCUCAUGGAUAGUGUAGCGAUGUUUGCACGGUGA